UGUUCGUCCAUAAUACAGAAAUGGCAGAAUCAACUUAUGGAGAAACAGCAAGUUUAACAAAACCAAUAUUUGUUAAUGGAAGAUUUGAAAAUCCAUGGAAAUCGUGGAGGAAAAAUAAUUUGAAAGAAUCUUUCAAAUUCAUUAAGAAUGGAGUGAAUAAGCAACCGCCUUUAAAAGAGGAAGUUGAAAGAACUCUGCCCAUCAUUCCACCUGAUUUCAAUAGAUUUUCCAGUAGUACAACAGGCAUACCUCUAAUUUGGAUAGGCCAUGCAACCGUUUUGGUUAAAAUUGACAAUAUUACAGUUCUAGCAGAUCCAAUAUUCAGCUCAAGAUGUUCGUUUGUACAAUUCCUCGGUCCUAAAAGAUAUCGUGAUCCACCAUGUCAGAUAAAAGAUUUACCAAAAAUAGACGCUGUGGUCAUCAGUCAUAAUCAUUACGAUCAUCUCGAUCUGUCGUCUGUGAAAGAACUCAAUCAAAAAUACGGUAAAGAUUUGCGAUGGUAUGUACCACAAGGUAUGAAGAAAUGGAUGAUGGAUGUGGGUUGUGAAAAUGUUGUUGAAAUGACCUGGUGGGACGAACAGAAGUUUCCUGAUAAACCAGAUGUUAAGUUUGUUUGCACACCCUCACAACACUGGAGUAAACGUGGGGUCACAGACACAAACAAGUCAUUGUGGUGUAGCUGGGCUGUGAUUGGCCCUAAACAUAGUUUUUAUUUUGCGGGAGAUACAGGAUAUUGUGAAGGUUUUAAAGAAAUUGGUGAAAAAUAUGGACCUUUUACACUUUCUGCUAUUCCUAUUGGCUGUUAUAUACCACGGGAGUUUCUGUCACCACAACAUGUGAGUCCAUCCGAAGCUGUAGAAAUUCAUAAAGAUGUCAAGUCACUCAAUUCCGUUGGUAUUCAUUGGGGAACCUUUAAUAUGAUGGCUCAUGAACAUUAUUUGGCGCCAAGAGAAGAUCUGAUUUUAGCAGUUGAAGAAGCAGGUUUAAAGCCAACAGAAUUUGUGACUGUAAAGCAUGGGGAAUUGAAUAUCUUUGAAAAAUAGAUAUCAGUCAACCGAUCGCUAGAAUUUAAAAGAACUUAUUUAAUAUCAAAAAGCUUGUGAUGUUUAAUUGAAACCAGUGAACGCCAUUUGUGAGAUUUUGAAUCGAUUGUGAUCUAUAGGCUAAUCUUAUAGAAGUCGAAUCUCGGAAAGGAAUUAACAAAGAUAUGAUUAAUUGAAAAUGUUGCAAUAUUCUGCAUUCUCUGCAGACAAUAUAAGCAAGCCAGUGUCACCUAUAGAUGUUGGGUAUAUGCUUUUGAUGGGCCUCUUUUUAUCCGUUCAGCAGAUUAUCUUCUGUUGAUAAUUUGGUUUCUUAAUUAAUUGUUAAGGGGUGAGGCUGCCGAAAAAUGCUUUCUGAAAUUCUAAAGCUAGUGAAUUGAA